AUGGAUCACCAUGAAGUUACCUCGGAGGCUGACAAAAUCCAUCAAAAUCGUCUCUCAAAUGUCACAGAAGAUGAAGAGCAAGAUGCUGCAUAUACAAUUGUGACAGUCCUAGAUAAAGUGGCCAACAUUGUACACAGUGUGCAGGAGAGCCAGAAAAGAAUAGAGGAGCGACACAGAGAAAUGGAGAACGCUAUCAAGACCAUACAGAUUGAUAUUUUAAAGCUUGCCCAGACUCAUGGCAAUACGGGCUAUACUGUUAACAAGUUGCUUGAGAAAACCUGCAAAGUUAGUUCCCACGUUAAAGAAGUGAGGGCACGUGUGGAAAAGCAGAGUGCUAAUGUGCGAAAGGUUGAAGCAAAACAAGAGGAGAUGCUGAGAAAAAACAAAUUUCGGGUUGUAAUAUACCAGGAGGAAACAGAAUGCCCGUCUUCGCUGUCUGUUAUCAAAGACAGGACAAGAGGUGAAAACCUGGAGGAGCAAUUCUUCCCACCUGACCUCUCUUCUGAUGAAGAAUAUUAUAUAGACGAAAGCAGAGCAUCCCGAUUUAAAAAAUCAGGCAUGAGACGCAUAGAUAAUAUCAAAAAGGCAUUUUCAAGGGAAAAUAUGCAGAAGACCAGACAAAAUUUUGGCAAGAAGGUGAACAGGCUUCAAACUAGAAUAGUGACACCCGAGAGGCGAGAGAGAAUGAGGCAGUCAGGAGAGAGGCUGAAACAAUCUGGGAUAAGGCUCAAGAAAACUAUUUCAAAAGCAGCUCCAACAAAGGAGACAUUCAAGCUCAAUAAGAAAGAUAAAGAGCGAACAGUAGCUGAAGGGCAAGAAGGAAUCCAGGAAGCUGGUGUGCAUGCAGUUUCAGCGAGUGGGGCAGAAGAACCAGUUACAGAAGAGAUUUCCUACACAGAAGUGAUCACUAAAGUAAAGAAAGACAAAGGAAGUGGAACAAAAGGCACGUCCCAGCCAGCAGAGAAAGUUGUGCUCACCCCUGAAAAAAUCGUUCUUAAACAGGAGGCAACAGAAGGAGGAGGUGAUAAUGUUCUUCUGUUGGACCUCAAGCACCCAGCAUAA